CCCUCCAUAUCAUGUGAUUCAGGUGUUCCAAUCCCCUCCCAAUCAUGUGAUUCAGGUGUUCCAAUCCCCUCCCAAUCAUGUGAUUCAGGUGUUCCAAUCCCCUCCAUAUCAUGUGAUUCAGGUGUUCCAAUCCCCUCCAUAUCAUGUGAUUCAUGUGUUCCAAUCCCCUCCCAAUCAUGUGAUUCAGGUGUUCCAAUCCCCUCCAUAUCAUGUGAUUCAGGUGUCCCAAUCCCCUCCAUAGCAUGUGAUUCAGGUGUUCCAAUCCCCUCCCAAUCAUGUGAUUCAGGUGUUCCAAUCCCCUCCAUAUCAUGUGAUUCAGGUGUUCCAAUC